AGUCAGGUAUAUAUUAUAUAUAUUAUAUAAUAUAAAUGUUACAUAAUGUAUAAAUAUAUAUUGUUUAUGGAUAUUCUCUUUCUCUAAUCUCUAUAAUAUAUAUAUAUACAUUUGUUUUUUAGAUUGGAGCUUUCACUUGGUGGUUGGUUUGUUAUUUUUUUUUCACUUGGUGAUUGUGGUAUUGGGCAAUUGGCGAUAUUGAAUUUGUGAUAGCAACAAAUACCAGGUUCUUUUGUUCUUUUAUUCACUUCUAAUUUAAUUAUUAACUCUCUUGAUUGUUCUUUGAAAUAUUAUAUUAGUUUUUUUUUUACUAUGCCUCCCAAUAUUAGAAAACAUGAGUCUGGGUAUGAAAAACGUAAGAAAAAGAAAAAAAUUGAGGAGUUAACUCAAUCUCAAAAAGGAGCUCUUGAUAAAUUUAUUAUAAAAGAACCAUUAGUUUCUUUAGAAAAUCAUAAUUAUGACAUUGUUGAUGUUAAAAUUCCUGAAAAUAUGGUUCUUAAUGAAAAUGUUAGUAUUGAGAAUCAAAAUGAAAGUGUUGAUGUGGAAAAUAGAGGUGAUGUGCCUAUUGAAAAUGUUAAUGUGGAAAAUAAUAGUGAUGUGUCAUUUAAAAAUGAUAAUAUGGAAAAUCAAAGUCAUAAUACUGCAAAUAGUGAUGAUGAUCAUUUGAAUAAUUCACUUAAAAACGAAGAUAUUUUAGAGGAUAAUGAUGAUAACAAUGCAGAACAAUCAAACCCAUUUGAACAUUUGCUUGAUAUAUUUGAUCCAAGAAAUUGGGAUGCUCUUGAUUCAAAAAUGAUUGAUUUAUUAGUGUUGAAGGGUCCAAAAAGAGAUUAUUCUGUUAUGAGUGGUUCUAAAACCAAAAUUUUUUAGACGAUUCAUUGCUAAUUAUACUAUAGUUUUAUCAAAUGGAGAGAAGUGUGAUCGAGAUUGACUUGUUUAUUCAAAAGAGUUAGAUAGAGUAUUUUGUUUUUGUUGCAAAGUUUUUAAAAAGUGGGAAUGGUAAAGGCAUGUUAACAAAUGAAGGCUUUAGUAAUUGGGCGCAUAUUGGUGAAAGACUAAAAGAGCAUGAGAUUAGCAUGGAACAUGUUAAAAAUAUGACCACUUGGUAUGAAUUGCGUCUAAGGCUUAAAAAGAAUCAAACGAUUGAUAAAACUACUCAAAGGCUAAUUGAAAAAGAAAAAUAUCAUUGGAAAAAAGUUUUACUAAGAAUUAUUUUAAUAGUGAAAUUUCUUGCUAAACAUAACUUGACCUUUCGUGUUUCUAAUGAGAAAUUGUAUCAAAAUAGUAAUGGAAAUUUUUUGGGCUUAAUUGAAAUGUUGACAGAGUUUGACCCUGUUGUCCAAGAACAUGUUAAACACAUCACAAAUGAUGAUAUUCACAAUCAUUAUCUUGGACAUAACAUCCAAAAUGAGUUAAUACUUUUGCUUACUUCUGCAAUCAAAACUGAAAUCAUUAAAAAAGUUAAACAAGCAAAGUAUUUUUCUGUGAUACUUGAUUGUACUCCUGAUGUUAGUCAUCAAGAGCAGAUGUCCUUAAUAUUGAGAUAUGUGGAUGUUUCUUCACAUUCGGUUAACAUUGAAGAAUCUU